GCCAUGUUCAAGACGCUCGUGGGCAAAGAGAUCGCCGUCGAGCUGAAAAACGACGUCGCGUUGACGGGCACGCUCCACUCCAUCGACCAGUACCUGAACAUCAAGCUGCUCAACACGAAGGUCGUCGACGCCGCGCGGCACCCGCAGCUCGUCGCCGUGACGUCCGUCUUCGUCCGCGGCUCCGUCGUCCGCUACAUCCAGAUCCCCGCCGCGGACGUGGACACGGAGCUCCUCCAGGACGCGUGCCGCAAGGCCGCCGCCGCCAAGGCGGCGUAA